AUGUGUACAAGUGUUGCUAACUUGUUAUAUACUGUCAUCGCCAAAAAAGACAGAUUGAUAAGAUGGCAGCUGAAUAUUGAUGGUACUUGUGGCCUGUGUCAGUUGGAAAGUGAAAGCUUGGAGCACUUGUUCUUCUCUUGUACUUAUUCUAAGGAGAUUUGGAGACAGGUUCUGCUUUAUCUAGGUGUGACUAGAACUGUGUUGCCUUGGCAUGAUGAAGUACAGAUUGCAGUGAAGAAAAGCAGAAGUAAACAGAAGAAGGCUUGCAAGUAUAAUAUAGCUUUCAUUGAGUCAGUGUACUGUAUCUGGUUGCAAAUAAACUCUAAGGUGUUUAGGGAUCAUGUUGAUCCAGUCAAAACUGUUGUUAGCAACAUUAUGUUUAAUGUUGAGUGUAGAUGUCAGUAG